UUAGAGUUGCUUGGUAAUAGCUAAACAAAAUGGCGUCCCAUUUUUCGUUUUCCUGUGUUUCGUAUGAGUAUUGACUUGUUAGAACAUUUUUAUAAUUCAUGUGUAUUAAAUCCCCGUUUAUGUCAUUUGUGCUUAAGAUCUAUAAAAUUGGUACGUAUAAUAGGCGUGAGGCAAAUAAUAGCAUAUAAAGUGGGUUUUUAUGAUGAGUAACUAUGAAGAUGAUCAAAGCGAGGAUGGCGAGUUAGCUCGUAGUCCUGUACAAGACGAGAUGGAUUUUAGCCUAUCUGAUGAAGAUCGGGAUAAUGCUGACUCUCUUGUGAUAAAGCCACCACAAGCAGUUAUUAGGACCUCACAUAGAGAGAAACGUGGACACAAGAGAGCAGGCAAAGACAGAUAUAAAGAUAAUAGUAGGAAAGAUAAGAAACAUCUCUUUAGGGAACGUGAUAAGUCUGAAAAAUUAAAAAGAGAGGUUGGUAAAAAUUCUGACCGUGAUGACAUGCCCAAAGAUUACUAUAGAGAAAAGCAAUAUUAUAGAGAUAAAGAAAUGUAUAGAGAAAAAGAAGCUUUCAGAGAUAAGGAGUCAUACAGAGAUAAAGAAGUAUACAGAGAUAAAGACACCUAUAGAGAAAAGGAGGUUUACAGAGAGAGUAAAGAAGCAUAUAGAGAAAAGGAUAUACGAGAAAAAGAAAUAUACAGAGAACGAGAAAUGCGGGAGAAAGAUAUUUAUAAAGAAAAAGAAGCUUGCAGGGAAAAGGAUCCAUACAGAGAGCGAGAGCAUUAUAGGGAAAGGGAAUUGUAUAGAGAUAAUAAUCCUACCUUUAGAGAGACUAUAAGAGCAAGAGAAACAUACAGAGAUAAAGAUAUGCAAAGAGAUGUAUACUUAAGCAGAGAGAGACAAUACAAGUAUACAGAUACAGAACGUAAGCGUCCUGAAACUGACAGGAUAGAAUCUAGAUUGAGAUUGUUGGCUGAAGAAAGUAAUCACAGCAGUCACAACAAUGAAAAAGAAAAUAGAGACAGAUCAUCAGGUGAUAAAGAAUUGGAAGAUUUAAGAUCUAGAUUGCUCAGUAAAAGAAUUUCAAAGGAACUACAAACCCAAGAAUCUAGAAAGAAUCCUGAUUAUGGAGAUAAAGAAUCAAAGUCCGACCGUCAUUCUUCAUUGGACAAGCAUCAACAAGAGAGAAGAAAGAGACUUAUUGAAGCAGAGCGUGAAAUGGAAAAAAGAAAACAUGAAUCAAGGACAGAGUUAGAAGCGCGACGAGAAGAGCGCCGACGCCGAGGAAAGAAACGUUCCGUUUCACCAACUGAGACUACAAAUAAGAAAACCAAAACUGAACAGUCACCUAAUUAUGGUGAUUCUGUGGUCACUGUUUCUGAUGCCAGUGACGUAGAAAUGAAGAGUGAUUCACAUUCAGAACCAGAAGAUGGUGAACACUCUAACACUGAAUCUGAAGAGGAAAGUUCUACUACUGAUUCAGAUUCUGCUGCAGAGUCUAAAUCAGAAGAAGAAGAUAAUCAUAAAGAUGAGCAAAAAUUAGACAAAGAACUUGAGAAAGAUAGAAGUAUAGAGAAACCAAGACCACAAUCAAAAUCACCAACUCCUAAAUCAGGUCUCAGGACACCAUCAUCUCAUAGAUCACAUUCCAGAUCGAAGAGUAGAAGCCGAUCGCAUUCGUUUUCUCCGCCUCCCCCAGGCGAGAACGGUAAAACUAUAGAAGAAGAAAUGCCUAAAGAAGAUGACGAGAAGUCCAGAUUGCGAGAAGAAGCAAUAAAUGCUCUCCCUCCUUAUUACCCAGCACUGCAGGGGUGUCGAUCAGUUGAAGAAUUUCAAUGUCUGAAUAGAAUAGAGGAAGGCACAUAUGGAGUUGUUUACAGAGCCCGCGACAAAACAACAGACGAGAUUGUUGCUUUAAAACGGUUAAAAAUGGAAAAAGAAAAGGAGGGAUUUCCAAUCACGUCAUUGAGGGAAAUCAAUACAUUACUUAAGGGCCAGCACCCGAAUAUUGUCACCGUCCGCGAAAUCGUCGUGGGGUCCAACAUGGACAAGAUAUUUAUCGUGAUGGACUACGUUGAACACGAUUUGAAAAGUCUAAUGGAAACAAUGCGAGGGAAAAAACAAGUCUUUCUACCAGGUGAAGUGAAAUGUUUAAUGACACAAUUGCUGAAGGCCGUACAUCACCUCCAUGAUAACUGGAUAUUGCAUAGAGAUUUAAAAACAAGCAACCUUUUACUGUCGCACAAAGGAGUUUUAAAAGUUGGAGAUUUCGGAUUAGCAAGGGAGUACGGGUCUCCACUUCGCCAAUACACCCCUAUUGUAGUAACUCUGUGGUACCGCGCGCCGGAACUGUUACUGUGCUGUAAAGAAUAUUCCACUCCUAUUGAUAUAUGGAGUGUAGGCUGCAUAUUUGCGGAAUUUAUCACAAUGAAUCCUCUAUUCCCUGGAAAGUCUGAAGUGGAUCAAUUAAAUAGAAUAUUUAAGGACAUGGGCACCCCCUCGGAGUUGAUUUGGCCCGGGUACAACGAGCUGCCGGCGGUACAGAAGAUGACAUUCGCCGAUCAUCCAGCGGGCGGUCUGCGGCAAAGGAUAGGUUCUGACUUACUAUCAGAGACCGGACUGUCCCUUUUGCAAGGUUUUCUUACGUACAAUCCUGCCAGAAGAUUAACCGCCGACGCGGCGUUAGAGCACGCAUAUUUUAAGGAGCAUCCAGUGGCGAUAGACCCGGCAAUGUUCCCGACGUGGCCCGCUAAGUCGGAGGGGAACCGUCGCACGCACAGCCCGCGGCCGCCGGCCGGCGGCGCGGCGUACGCGCAGUACGCGCGCGCGGACUCGGACGAGGCGCUCGGCUUCCACGUGCACCAGCGCUCGCUCAACGUCGCGCCUGGCUUCUCGCUGAAGUUCUAGCCGCUAGCGAUAAAAACACCUCUAUAAAUAAAUAUUUUUGUAUCACUAUUUGAUAGUUUGAUAUAAGUAAUCGAUAUACAUAUUUGUAGUUUACCGACAUUAAUAUAGGCUUAAUAAUAGUCGGCUAUGAAUACCUAUUACUCAAGGGCAUGUUACUAAUUUUAAUGAUGACUUUUAGUGGGUGUAGUUUCCAUUGUUCAUAAUGUAUUAUGCAAGCAUAAACGUGGAAAAUUGUUAAAUUGUUCCAUUUUUAUUAUUUACGAUUUGUCUGAUCCAAUUUUUUUGAAAUAAUUUUGAACAUGAUAAACAAAAGCUUGUAAUGAUUCAGUGUGUUAACUCAAAGGUGUUUAUGUGUAUUUUAUAAAUUUUAUUCAGUUUAUACUUUGAAUUUCAAUUUGUUCCGGCUAGCGGACCUUGUAUGAGAAACCGUCUAUAGCAAUCGCAAGACGUGAACAGUAAUGGGUACAUGUAGCACGGUAUGUUCAGGGAGAACCAUUAUUAUUGCCUAUGUUAUUGUAAAGAAUGCCUGUUAUCAUAAUACUUUCGAAGUGCAAAUCUUAUUUUAGGAAACUUCAAACAAAAAUUGGAUUACCAACCGAUGUAUUCAAGUUUUUAACCUUUUCAAUUUUAUUAACUGUAUAACCGUUUUCUCGACAUAAGGAAAGACUACAAUGAGAUUAGUAGGAAAAAGGGUGGUCUAUCAAUUCCUUCGAAAUUCGAGCUACUUGCAAGUAAAAAGAACUGCUGGAUUUUAUGCUCACGAGUUUAUACAAGAAACACACUACUUAGAUCACAAAUGUGUGUUUGUUUUAUACAACAUUAAUUGUAACACCUUUUUUACCAAAAUGUUUCAAUUUAUUGUGCACAAUCAGUGAACAAAAUUUCAAAUGGAAACGAAAAAUUAGGCACCAAGUCAAGAGUUUCAUGUGUUGAGAGAAUAUGAAGGUGUAUGUAUUAGUAAAUAUCAAAAUUUUUAUCUGUAAUUAUUGUAGAGAACUGACAUCUAACUUCAUCAUUACAGGUAUAUUGUAUUGGCUUGCAUUGAUAUGCCAAUAAGGGAUAUCUGGGUUACUUCUUUAAUUUAAACCUGUAGACCUAUCAACAAUUAUUAUUAUAUUUAUAAAGACCAUACUGUGCGUAGAAAUUAACAUUGGUAAUAAUUGAGCUCGAUUUUAUUUUAACUAAUUGGGACUAACGUUUUGUGACACAAACUCUUGACUUUUUUGCCUUCACUAAAUAUAUUGCCGUUAUUACAUAGGUAUUUGUAACCAAUUUAUUUAUAAUAAAAUAAAAUGUAAAUAAAUUCUUAUUAUAGCGGUGAACUUAAAUGAGGGUUUACAUUAGUUUAGUAAUAAUGAUACAGUAAUUAUAUGUUUUGAAAACGA